UAUUUUUUAUUUGAAGUCAAAAAAAUUCAAAAAGUGGAGCAAGUUUAUUCGAAUCCCUCGAUUCUCUUCUCCUGAGAUGUCACCUUCCCAAAUCUGCUAUCUCCUUAAGACAUGCCUGCAUUUUCGUCUUUCAUUUUCAUUCAUCUCUAGCAAUCAGCAAUUUCUUCAAUCUUAACCUACUCACACUCUGUGAAGGAUAUGGAGGCGCCUUCUUUUGUCUCGAAAGCAAGGACCGCCUUCCAUUCUGCUGCUGCUAAAGCGGAGCGAGUUUUCACUGAUAUCAAAUCCGACUUUGUAUCCGAUCGAGCAGAUUCGGAUAAGCAACCGCCGAAUGAAAAGAGGAAGCAAUUAGAAGAUGAGUCUCUUAAAAAUGAAAUUGAGUCAAAGAGUAAUAAUGAAGGGAAGCAUUUGAGGUGGAGACCUGCACAUAUAGGGACAAAACAGGAGUGGCAAGAUAGGUUCAAGAACAUAAGAAUUGGAAAGAAAGGAGCUGAAAAUCAUGCAGAGAAAGUUGAAAAUCCAACCACAGCUGUUCCAUUUUAUGAUGAAAAUUCCUGCAUACUGAACGUGAAAAAUGAUGUAGAGGUAAAGGGUUUACAAGUGUCUGCGAUAGUAGAAAGGCUAUAUUCUACCAACCCAGAUACCAUUCCUCCAACAUCUGUCUUGAAACAGUUGGCUAUAGCUAUUGAUGCUGGAAAGAAGUACAAGUCAAUGAAAGAUAUUUUGGCAUCGUCUGGAGGCUCUUCACCUAUCAUGGAGAGAGCAAGCUUGAGCCUUGCUGCAGUGAAGUCAUUAGUGCUUCGUGAGAAGGAGGAUAAGCUUGCAUCUGAGUUUGGUGGUGAUGAUGAAAAGGUUUUGUCCUUGAUACGUUCACUGUUUGAUGUAGAGGGAGAGUUUCUCAGAAGAAACAUCAGCUCUGGUUUGGAAGCAUUAUCUUUGCCCAAAGACAUUCAUGGUGCUCCUCCUGAGAGCUUGCUUGUCAAGCUAUCCGAAGUAAUUGGAAGCUUUAAAACCUUGCGGAAAAUGGCAUUCAUAUGGUGCAAAAUUGUGGCUGAAAUGAGAAGACUCUGGUCUGAAGAACUACAUAUGCCUGGAAUCCCUUUGGAUGAUCUUCCAGAUCUAAAUUCCUGUCUUUUAUACCAGAAAUUUCAGGUUAUCAAUUGCUGUGUUUCCAGGAAAAGGCGUCACAUUCUUGCCACUGAAUCACUAGAAUUGGUAAUGAGGGAUGCCAGUUUACCUGCUGAACAGUCAUCUAUUUCUAACGGGACAGUCAGCUCAAGCCAUAUCUUGUAUGCUAGAUUGAGCAAUGGGGAAAAUGUCCUUCGGUUGGGCACUGAUCGGCCAGCUGACAAUUUAACCAUUUUGGAAACAGGUGAACCAGUAUACUCUCCCAUAACACAGGAAGGGCCUUUGCUUACUGAAGAUCUUAUUAGAGAAAAUGAGGAGUUUGUGCUUCGAACUGGGAGUGUUGGUGCUGGAUGUUCACAACUCCUCUCUGACAUGCAGGCCUUCAAGGCUGCAAAUCCUGGUUGUAUCUUGGAAGAUUUUGUAAGAUGGCACUCUCCUCCAGACUGGACAGAUAUUCCUGAUGAGGCUAAUGAGUUUUCUGAGGGAGGUGAUGCAUCUUCUACAAGAGGUCAACUAAGUAGGCGAAUGCAAAAGGAAGGUAACUUGUGGCGUGAACUGUGGGAAACAGCCAAAGCAGUACCAGCUAUUAAACAGGCUCCCCUGUUUGAUGAGGAUUUGGCAGCGGAGGAUAUUCUGCACGACUUAGAGGAACUCUCACCUUCUGAGCUGUUUGAACAAUUGUUUAUUUCUUUGCUUGGAUUAGGAUUUGUAAUGGCCGAGUCUAAACUCUCCAGCAACAAUGAUUUGUCAAAGCUAUUUAACGGGUGCAAAGACUAUAUUAUUUUCACUAAGCAAGGAAGCAGCUGGAGUGAAAAAGUGGAUGAUCUCUGCCAGGUGUAUGAAACAGUGGAGAAAAUACUACUCAAUCCAGAGGAAGUCCUCAAGGCGGUAAAGCAUACAGAAGAAACCACCAGCACCACUGCAGGUGAACUCAAAAGUAGGUUUAAGAGGCUUGGCCUGAACUUUGGCAGCAAGGAUAGAAACCUAAGAAAACCAUCAAUAAAAGAUGAGAAAAAUUCAGAGAUCUCAACUCGUCAACCAUUCUCUACUUUCUUUGAUGGCAAGUCAUCCUUGUUUUCAAAGAAACCUCCAAAGCCUGAGAGUGCAUCUGCAGGUGACAAAUCGCAUUGUCCAGAUGAAAAUGGAUGGACAAUUGUGAAUCCGUAAUGCAUUUUGACCACCUCUUUUAUUUUUUAUUUUUUACUUUUGCCUUUUAUGGGUUAAGCUGUAUGUUGGGAAAUUGUAAAUUAUUUUAGAAUCUCUUUUCCCAGUCCAAAGGAAAUGGAGAAAUGAAAUAUAAAUUUUCUUUUUGUUCA